AUGCAUUUGUUUUCCUUUCAAGAAAAAUCUCUGAGACUGGUGAAUGGAGAAGACAAAUGUAGUGGUCGCAUUGAGGUUUUUUUCAAUGGAAGCUGGGGAACAAUUUGUGACGAUGGCUGGGACAUGAAUGACGCACACGUUGUGUGUAGACAGCUUGCCUGUGGAGAGGCCAUCCAAGCCCUACCUAAGGCUGAGUUUGGGGAAGGAACUGGCAGCAUCUUCCUGGAUGAGCUGAAGUGCAAAGGGAACGAAUCCUCUCUUGAAGAAUGCUCUCAUAAACCUUGGGGCGUUCAUAACUGUCAUCACAAGGAAGAUGCUGGGGUCAUUUGCUCAGGUCCUGCUGUCACCACACCACCACCUAUAGAACUUUCUACACUCUCCGCAGAGCUGACUACGCAGGAAAGAAGAGAAAAAUCUCUGAGACUGGUGAAUGGAGAAGACAAAUGUCGUGGUCGCAUUGAGGUCUUUUACAAUGAAAGCUGGGGAACAAUUUGUGACGAUGGCUGGGACAUGAAUGAUGCACACGUUGUGUGUAGGCAGCUUGCCUGUGGAGAGGCCAUCAAAGCCUUACCUAAUGCUGCAUUUGGGGAAGGAACUGGCAGCAUCUUCCUGGAUGAGCUGAAGUGCAAAGGGAACGAAUCCUCUCUUGAAGAAUGCUCUCAUAAACCUUGGGGCGUUCAUAACUGUCAUCACAAGGAAGAUGCUGGGGUCAUUUGCUCAGGUCCUGUCACCACAUCAGCACCUAAAAGUGCCUUGGUAACAACAACAAGCUCGUUGACUGUAAGGUUGAUGAAUGGAAAAAACAGAUGCCAGGGUCGACUUGAAAUCUUCUACAAUGGGGACUGGGGAACAGUCUGUGAUGACGGUUGGGACUUACAAGAUGCAAAGGUAGUUUGCAGACAACUUGCCUGUGGAGAAGUUAUGGAGGCCACCAAUGAAGCCUAUUUUGGGCAAGGCACUGGCAACAUCCUCCUAGAAAAUGUUCAGUGCAAGGGGAAUGAAUCGUCUAUAGAAGAGUGCUCCAAUCCAGGCUGGGGAACUCAUCGUUGUGGCCACAAGGAAGACGCUGGGGUCAUUUGCUCAGAAACAGUUUCCCUUACAACAAAGAAUCCCAUUAUACCUACUCCCACAAAAAAUACAUCAGAAGUCCCAGUUUGGGCACUAACCACUCAGCAUCCAACUACUAGACCUGUACCUGCAGCAAGCACACCACACCCAAUUAUUCCUGCAUCAAAAUCUAUAACUCUUCCUAUCACUCAGAAGCACACUCCAUCUGGCAAAUGUCUCUAUGGCUGCAAAUUAACAGGUCCUUCAGGUUCAUUUAAAAGUCCAUUCUAUCCUUCAAACUACCCAAAGAAUUCUUACUGUGUUUGGGACAUAGAGGUGGAGGAAAGACGUCAUGUAGAACUAAGAUUUGAAGUUUUCAGGCUGGAAAUUACUAGGUUGACGUGGGAACUAAAACAACACUAG